AUGAUGAGAUUAAAUAUAACGAGAUUGACUAAGAGAAUCAAUAUGAAACCUCCAUCAGAAAAUGAUUUCAGCACUUUACUUAUAGCCAAGAAUACUCCAAUCCGUUAACUUUCUAUAUGUAUUAUAUGUUAAUAUCUAAAAUAGCAACUCGUUCAUCGAAACACUCAUAAUUUGUUAGAAGAUUACAAACUAAUUAAAAUUAACAAUCAUAAUAAUUGACUAGUAGAACUAUAUCAGUUCAUGAUACACAUUUACAUGGUGAGCCUUUAAAAGAAAAAUAACUCUCAGUUAAUAAAAUGUAAAAUAAGAAGAAAUCUUCAAGAAGAUUAAUUGGUUUAUAAACUCAACCAAGUUUAAUCAUGUAUGAAUAAUAUAUUAAUAAGGAAACCAAAGUUUGCAGAUAUUAAAUAUGAAAUGAUUGAUAUUUAUUAAUUACAAAUAGCUGAACCAAAAAUACUAUAUAAAGGAUAUAGAGAAACAUCUCAUCUUUAAAAAAUAGCAAUAAUUGGAUAAUCUAUAUCUCUUAAUAAAUAGUUAAUUCAAAAAAUUAAAUCUGAAUGCAUUCUAGUUUUAUUAACUAACAAUUUAUCAUAAAUAGAUGAAUAAUAUGAUUGCAUAAUUUAACCACCUCAUAUUUCUCCUAAAGAUGCUUUGAGUUUCUAAAGAAAUAUGAAUUAGAUUUGGAUAAAUGUUAAUCAUUUAAUACAAACAUAUAAAUAACCAUAAUAAAUUAUUAUGAUAGAUGAAAUUUUUAACGAUAAUAACAUUUUAGGUAUUGAAGAAUUAAAAAAUAAAAUAUUAUAUUCUGGAAAUUGUAAAAUGAUUCAUUUAUUUCUAUAAAAAGAUAAACCAAAUCUCUAAAAAUUAUAUUAUGCCUUAUGUCAUCUAUUAAAAUAUGAAUAAUAGGAUUUGAUAUAAUUAAAUCUCAAAGAUAUAUUGCAAGAAUGUUCAGAAAAUUGUCUAUAAAUUUAAACUAAAUUAAAUUACCUUUAAAAAGUAGGAGAUAUAAAGAAGAAAUUGAAAUUAUAAUUUAAAAAAGAACAAAUCUCUAUUGAAUCUCCUGAAGAUAGAGCUGAAAAGUAUAUUAUUCUUAAUAAUUAGUUUGAGAGAUUGUGUAAUUGAAUACAUUAAAAGCCGUUCAACUAAUAAAAUAACAGGAAUGUAUUAUAUAAUUGGAGAUCAAAUUAUGAGAAAUAUUAAUUUUUUUCGUAAUAGAUAAGAAGAUAAAUAUUUCACAGAUAAAAAACAUUAAGAGACUCUUCAUAUAUUAUAAAAUACACUUUAACCUAUAAAACAUGCACUCACUUGUUAAUAAUAAUAUGCAUUUUAUUUACUAUGA